CCCGUCCAACGGCGUUGCCUUCCUUCAUCCCGUAAAAUUUAUUAUUUGUUUUUUUUUUGGAAAUUGGUAGAAUAGUUACUUAUCUAACUUUUAAGAUAGAUGUAUCGUUUUUUGUAGAUUUUUGCUAUCUGUAAAAUUACAAAUCCCUUCGAAUAAUAUAAAAAAUUAUAUUCUCAGAAAUAGUUUCGAAUAAAUUUCGACGGAACUAUUGACGGAACUUAUUUAUCUUUUGGUUUUUAAAAUUCGUUUAUCUAUCUGCCGAUUUAACUUUUCCUGUUUGUACGUUUUGUAUAAUUCAUUUAUCUACAUAAACAUCAUUUAGUGCUUCUAUCUAGUCGUCGUCGAACGUUUCUCUCAAACAACGUUAACUUGUAUGGGAUUGCAUCUCAACUCAUUUCGAAAUGGAUGUGGGAUUCAAUAAUGGUGCUAUAAAAUUGAAUAGCCACAACAACGUAUACUAUUCUGGCCAGACCAUCACUGGUGACAUCACAUUUAGGCUAUUGAGUUCUGAAAAAAUUACGGCCUUGAAUAUCCAGUACCUUGGUGUGGCCAAGGUGUUGUGGACCGAGAUAGAGAAGGAGAAACGACACGGGACCACAUUUAAGACCAGGGUGGACUACAAAGCUCAGGAACAGUACUUCAAUAACGUCCAGUGCCUAAUGGGAGGGCAAGGUGUAACUGAAUUGAAGACUGGUCCGCACUCUGUCCCGUUUCAGUUUCAAAUACCUUUAACUUGCCCGUCGACUUAUAAAGCCGACAAGGGAGAAAUAUCUUAUGAGAUAAGGGCAUACCUGGAGUAUUCUGAUGUCACGAAGGCGAGAGGAGAGCUCGUCAAAAUAUUCGAAAUGGUCGCUCCACUUGAUUUGAAUAAGCUGGAUCCGCGUAUAAAGGAGCCCCUGAAGAUAAGUAUAGAGGAGCAGGUGGUAGGCGGGUGCGUGUGUUCUGGGCGACCGCUACACGUGGAGGUUGAGGCGGCGGCGGCGGGCGCGUGCCCCGGGCAGCUGCUGCCAGUCGACGUGCGGGCAAGGAAUGACACCCGCGUAGAGAUACAGACCGUUGUCGUUCAGCUGUUCUCUAAGCAGCGGUUCCGCAGUCAGCAUCCUGUAUCGGAGGCGUCGAAUCCUGACGAAGAGUUGGCGACAGUGAAGAGCAGUCCUGUUAUGAGUGGUGUGCAGCGAAACUACCAGCUGCUGCUGCCGCUGCCAGACAUCAUCUCGCCCAACCUCCAACACUGCAACAUCAUGGACCUUCACUACUACUUCAAGGUAACCGUGAAGUUACCCGGUUGCCACAACGAUCUCGUGGAGACAUCGCCGUUCUACGUCGGUCUGAAACCAGUCAGUACUUUCGGCAAAGGUGAUUACGUUCAUCCGAUGGCGCAUAGUCUGCCAUCCGGACCUAUCCCGGAUUAUCCCAGCGUUCCAGCUUCAAACUACGCGGCAACUGAAAAGAAUCAAAUCGGUUUUGUGAAACCGGUUCCAGCAACUUUGAACGAAAGUUUCAAAUCGCAGCAACUCAACACCCAGCCGCCCAACACGGGUUAUCAGAACCAGUCUGGCUAUCAUAACCAACCUGGUUAUCUAACCCAACCUGGUUAUGGAAACCAACCCGGUUAUCAAAACCAAUCAGGUUAUCAAAAUAAGCCUGGUUAUCCGAACCCACCGGUUUCUGUGUACCCUAAUAUAAUAUAUCAUAAUACAAACCAGAAUCUCACUCCUCAGUAUCCAGGGCUCACUACUGUCCCUACACCUCAUUAUUCGCCAACCGCGCCGCCUUUGUAGUGUUACGUGUUCAUGUUCGGAUAUAUUGUUUAUAAAUAAAAUUCUAUAUAGGUACGAGAUAUAUUUUCGAAAUUUUCUUUUUUAAGGGCGAGUAUGCUAAAUAUCUAUCGAUCUCAACAUCAUUUAUAAUGACGAUUGCAAUAUCUUAUAUUAAAUCCAGAGUAAAGUUCUAUUAAAUGUAAUCGUUACUCAGGAUUACAUUUACCCUUACAAGUGCAUUUUCAUUGAUCGAUAAGUCUCGCAUACGGUGCGAGGUGUGUGAUAUAUCUUUUAAGGGUUAGAUAUAUCAUUUAAGGGUUAUUGUCAGUCCUUCGAUCGGAAAACCGAUUGGUAGGAAGAAUGGGAAUAUCUUUUUCUAUACCUCCGAUUGAAUGGGUUUUGUUUUAAUUAUUUACUUUACAUAACCAAAAGUAGCCACUUUAGAGCAUGCUAUAGCGUCCGCAUUCGGUAUUAUUAUUACUUUAUAAAAGCCCGCAUGCGAACUGUGGAAUUUAUUUGUAACGCAUACAAUAGGGACCAUUAUUAUUGCAUACUAUGAAUGUGCACUGAAACGGUCGAGUGUUAACUCUUAUUAGUAUGCUGUAUAUCGAUAAUGAAGAUGACCGUAUACCUGUAGAUAAGAUUUUCACAGUUGGUGUAAUUAUUUUAUUUUAUAUUCAUCUAACAUUUUGCAUUUAUUUUAUUAUACUUUAAGAAUCUACUGUAGUUAUUUUUCUUUUCUUAGUCUACUCGUUAAAUAGUUACUAAUAUAUCAAUGUAUUUUGUGUUAUAUAAUUUAUAAUUAUAUUUUCAUUUUCGUCUCAAAUAUUACUAAAUACUACUAACAAUGGGCUGAAAGAAACAAAUGUUUAAAAGUUGGUGCCAUAUUCUUGUAUUCUCAUCUGGCAUUUAACUUAUAUAAAAAACAUACGUCAGUUUUCUUAACUUUUUUACUUAGCUAGUAUAAGUUCAUAUAAUAAUUUGUGUGUUACACAAAUAUUAAUAUUUUACUUUAAUACCAAAUACUAGUUAUCGAGAAUGUAUAUUUUAGGUGAAGCUAUAUACAUACAUAUACCUGAUUUACGUUUGUCGAUAUAUGGGCAACAUAUUUAACAAAAUACAGUUUUAGAGCCUUGAUUGACAAAAUUUUAGAAACAAUAAAGUUCAAAGCCAUUUAAAAUUAGGUUUAUAAACUUUAUUUUAAAAACAAAUGUACAAUUCAUGGUGCUUUUUAUAAUUUAUAUGUCAAAUUCAUAUAAAUUAUAAUUAAUUAUAACUUCUAGUCUUAAGCACAAAUUUAUUUACAAUGUACACAGUUACUAUAUAUUAUUUUUAUAGAUGUCUAUACCAUGUGUUUUCGACCAUGACAAAUUAUAUAAUGUUG